AGCCAUCCGGAUAUAGCGAACCUGACAGAGGAUAUGCGCGAAGCUACGCUUGAUGAUGAACGAUCUUCGCCAGUAGGAGCUGCGCUAGAAGUUUUUCGGCGUCGCAGUUCACAGCGUUGUCGGGUUUCGCGCUCCCAUUCAUCAAGACGUAAAAGAAAUUCGACGGAGAUAAGUCCACAUAAAUACACAAAUGAUCCUUUGUUGGCAUGGGAAAUGCUCAAAAAUAACCGUCCGGUGAAACCGGUUCGACAGAUGAAACUGAACACUCCGGUGAAGCGAGAUGCUGUCCGAUUUGUUUGCAUGUCUUGUCUUCACCAGUCAUUUCCGGAUCCUCAAAGCGUUCCACCUGGCGACGUGCUGAUUAUUGCCGGAGAUUUCACGUUGUGUGGUCGGCCGGAUGAAAUUGAACUUUUUGACAAUUACACUAGACAAUUGAAGCAUGUUUUCAAAAUAGUAAUUGCUGGAAACCAUGAAUGCACAUUCGACGACCGCUUUAUGAAAGCUACAGGAAAAGAUCUUAGCGAAAAGGAGUUCGCGAUAAAGCAAACACUCAGCGACAGUUUUUCGGUGCAUGAGGUGAAAAAUGCAAAACAGAAUUUGAAAAACUGCAUUUAUCUGGAGGAUAGCUCCGUUGAAUUGUUUGGUCUACAGAUUUAUGGGACGCCAUGGUUGGUGAUCACUCUUAAAUAA